AUGAUCACAGGAAAUGUUUAUACUUUCGGAAUUGGAAAAAGUGGCGAACUUGGAUCAAGAAGCAAUAAAGAAAUAGUUCCAUUUAGAAUAAGAGAACUUUCUAGUAUAGUGCAGGUUGGAAAUGGAGGCAGCUAUGCACUGUGCUUGCAGAGCAAUGGAAAUUUGUAUUUUUUUGGCAAAGGUAAAAACGCAAGAGGUGGCUCGAAUGUUGAUUCUCCUGUGCCAAGACAUCUAAGUUAUUUACCUAAGAUUAUGAUGAUUGCUUGUGGAUAUUGACACUCAUUAGUAUUAACUGAAAGUGGCUUUAUAAUGGCAUCAGGCUAUAAUUCGCAUGGUCAGCUUGGAUUAGGCAGCACCCAAGAAGAGUCAAAAUUCACCUCAACUAAUACAGAAGCAAAGAUAAUAAAGGCAGGAGGACAUGCAUCAUUUGCUAUUACUCAAGACAACACAUUAGUCUCAUGCGGGAUCCGGGAAUUAAAUGCACACAACCAAGAUCGACUUGUUUUUACACCGGUGAUGGAAAACGUAGAAUAUAUUGACAUUGGAAUGGUUCAUGCAGGGUGUAUAAGCCAAGGCCAACUAUAUAUGUGAGGAAAUAAUGCCUGAGGUCAAUUAGGGAUUGGCAAUACGGCUCCAAGUUCGCGUCCUAUUGCCGUUGCGUCUUUAGCUGGUAUACAAAUAAAGCAGGUUUCCUGCUCUAAAGGAGAAAAGUAUGGGCAUACUGGUUGUAUUGAUAAUGAUAGAAAUGUUUACAUGUGAGGCAGCGGAUAUAAAGGAAAGCUAGGGCUAGAUGCUCAUUGAAGCCAUGAAGAUCCAGCAGAUCGGUAUAUCCCAGAGGUAAUUCAAAAUUUCAAAGCUGACUAUGUAGAGUGCGGUGGAAUCCACUCGUUAGCAAUAAGCGAUGCGAGAUUAUUCACAUGGGGUUGUGGAAGUGAUGGAAGACUUGGACACCCAGAAGUUCAGGGACAUAGAUAUCUUUAUAAAGAGCCGCUUCCAAGAGCGAUUGGUAAUCUGAACGGAGUAGUUCAGGUUUCGAGCUCAUAUUAUAGCAAUAUAAUAUUAACGAAUUAA